AUGGCCUCGCCAUUCUCCAUCAGUACGGCACCACCCCACCGCUGAGACAUAUCACAUACUGACAUACACUUGAACAGACGGCGGCGCCUGCGUUGCGAUGGUCGGAAAGGACUGCGUGGCCAUCGCCUGCGACCUGCGGUUAGGUCUCCAAGCGCUCACAGUUAGCAACAACUUCCCCAAGAUCUUCCCAUACGGCAGCAACACCUACCUCGGCCUCACUGGCCUGGCGACCGACGUGUCAACCGUAAGCGAGCUCUUCCGAUACAAGGUCAACAUGUACAGAUUGCGUGAGGAGCGCGACAUCAGCCCCCAGACCUUCGCGAAUCUGGUCAGCAGUAGCUUGUAUGAAAGACGGUUUGGGCCGUGGUUCGUGAGCCCAGUGGUGGCUGGCAUCAACGAGACAACAGGAAAGCCGUUCAUUUGCGGGUGCGUACACACAGAACAGGUAGAGGAAUGCUUGAGCAAGCAUGCUGACGGAUAUCUUCAUCUAGCUUCGACUCCAUCGGCUGCAUCGACUUCGCGAAAGACUUCAUCGUCUCUGGUACGGCAUCUGAUCAACUCUUCGGAACCUGUGAGGGCCUCUGGGAGCCAGACCUCGAGCCCGAGGACCUCUUCGAGACCAUCUCACAAGCCCUCCUCAACGCAGUCGACAGAGACGCACUAUCGGGAUGGGGUGCACACGUCUACAUUAUCGAGAAGGACAAGGUCACCAAGCGACUACUCAAGGGCCGACAAGAUUAG